UGUCGUGCCAUUGUGCCGAGCGGCGUACAUAUGACGGUCGUACUGAUUCGCGAUACGCGUUUUUAUCGAUAACAUUAAUUGGGCUAAUUCGCCCGUUAUGUUAUGAAUUAAAAUAAUAAAGUAAUGAUACAGUUUUGUUUGUAUUGAGUUUCAAAUUUCAAACAGUGUCUCAGUUUCAGUGUGUUCAAACGAACUUGAUAAGCGACAGUUAUCUACUUUAGCCGAACGAGUUUUUAAGGUCUCAAAGUGGAUCUAGAAUUACACCAACGUGCCAGCGGCCACUUGAUGAGUGCCGCUGGUGCCAUGUGCGAGCGGUCCGGCUACGGUGGCACGAUGGCCCACUUCCCCAUGGGCCACAUGUCAGCCAUGGGCGCCAUUGGCACGAUGGGCGCCAUCUCCGCGAUGAACGGACAGUGCCACCAGAAGAAAUCCCAAGAGGAGCACAUAAAGAGACCUAUGAACGCUUUCAUGGUGUGGUCAAGGCUGCAGAGGCGGAAAAUUGCGCAGGACAACCCGAAAAUGCACAACUCGGAGAUAUCAAAACGAUUAGGUGCAGAAUGGAAACUUCUUACUGAAGACGAGAAGAGGCCGUUCAUCGACGAGGCCAAAAGGCUGCGAGCUAUGCACAUGAAGGAACACCCCGACUACAAGUACAGGCCGCGGAGGAAACCGAAAACUCUGAGGAAGGAGGGCUACCCCUACUCAAUACCGUACCCCAGUGUGCCUAUGGACGCCUUAAGGGCUGGUAUGGCCGGCGGGGGCAUGACGCAAGCAAUGGGGGGAUACUACGGUGCCGCUUACGGGCCGCUCGGCGCCAGCAUGGCUGCCGCUGCGGCCGCGGCAGCGCAGCAGAACGCCAUCUCAGCGGCACUGACGCCCAAUGCACAGGUGGGAUCCACAAUGGACAUGUCGAAGUACUCCAUCGAAGACAAAUACAGGAGCUACGGCAUGUACCCCGACCCUUCGCGCGGCUACCUGGACUCGGCUGCACUGUCCAAAGCCUACAUGUACAUGGAUCAGCAGCAGCAGAGGUCAUAUCCAAUGGACAUCAGCAAGAUGUACUCCGAAGCUUCGGCGGCCAUGGUAGGGCUGAGCUCAGCUGUCAAUUCCGCGUCAAGUUUGUCUCCACGUUCCCCAGCGGAAUCCCCAGAUACCCAAAAGACCCAGGACCGCGCAGAAGGCAGCUCCUCAUCCGGGUCUAACCCGUCCCCAUCCCUCCCCUAUUACCAAUCAUCUUCGGGUCUAUUAAUGCCCCAAUAUCCGGGUCAAUAUCCCCAGAAUCCCCAAGGCGGGCCCGAGUUUCGGAGGCCUUUAACGGUUAUAUUCUGACCUGACGUUUAGAAUUGAAUCUCAGAUUAUUUUUGAUUUUAUUUUUGUUGUAAAUAUAUCGAAGGAAGAAUAGUGGCCUAACCCCUGUGACAUUUAAGUCGAAUGACGUGUGGCUGUUAUUCGCUGCAAUUCGUGACGUAAACUGUAACGAUGAUGUCGAAAUUAGCUUCACAGAUGAAUUUCCAACUUAGAUACCAUUUCAAUUUCAUAAGUUAUCCAGACCAGUACCUAGGCUGGCUAUUGAUAUUCAAAUCGAUAUAAACUUUUAAUUGCAAUUGGUCUGUCAUAUUAACAAAUUUUAUUUCUCGCGUAGUUACGUUUCGACGUUAUUAAUUGUUAAGCUGUUAUUUGCAAUUGUUGCAAGAUAAUAUAAGUUCUUGGCAACGAACUCAGAAUACCUUUUUUUUGUAAUUAGGAGGGU